AUGAAAUCGUUAAAACAACAACCUCCAUCAUAUUGUUAUUCUUCGAUCCUUCUAUAUUAUUUAAUAUGCAUAUCAAGUAUUAUCUCAUUGGUAUCAAGUCAAUGUUACGACGUGACAAAUCCAUUCGAUAAUAAAUUGGGGAGAUUUUCAUCAUGUGCAACCGUAAAGGACGAUAAAAAUUCAUUACUACUAGACAGCACCGACGUCAAUAAUACCAGUGCUGAUGAUAAGAGCAAUAUGAUUAAAAUUUUGUUUAAUUGUGGAGACAACAAUGAUCCAAAACACUGCGAAAAGGCAAAGCUCGCUUUCGAAGAGGCAGCAACAUUUAUCACCAGCACCAUAGACCUACAAGUUCCAAUCACGUUGAACGCCUCAUUUUUUAAUAUAUGCGGUGUAAUGGUUGUUUUGCUGGGCGCUGCCGCUCCAUCAAGGUACAUUCCAUUAUUGGACGACGACGACGUGGUCAGAUUGUAUCCUCAAGCACUAGCAAAACAAUUUAAAUUCGAUACACAUCUCGAGUACAUGCCAAUUGAUAUCGUGACCGGAUUCAAUUCAGCCAUUGACAUAUUUUGGUUCAAAGGCGAUCCACCAAUAAGAGAUGAUCAAGUAGAUUUCGUAUUAGUUGUGACUCAUGAAAUGUUACAUGGAUUAGGAUUCUUAUCAAGUUGGAAUGAUUAUUAUACACUUGAUGUAGUAAAAGGUCUAACACCGUUCCCUAGUUUCUUGAUGAAGGAUUUUGAGGAAAUCAAAGGCGAGGUGACAUUUACCGGAUUUCAAGAAAAUUGUUUCGAUAGACGUCUACAGUUAGCAUCAAACAAUGAACCAUUAUACAACACUGUAUUAAAAUUGAACACAUUUGCUGGUGGUGUUGAAAACAAAACUAAAUUUAGCAGCUAUGACGAUUUCGCUAAUCAGUUUACGAAUUCUUCAAUUUUCCAAGAGUAUGCGGUGGGUAUCUUAAAUACAUCUACAACACCUGACACCAUACUAUUCAAGGCUCAUGAUGACGACGAAGAUAAAAUUUUUAUUGAAACAACAUUUUCACCGUUUAAACCUGGAUCUAGUAUGUCACAUUUAGAUAAUAUCACAAAUAACCAUACCGUUGACUUUGUAAUGAUGUGGAAAGCUGCCAGAGGUGUUACGGUGGCAAAUAUUACAGCCGCAAAUGGUGGUAAUACCACGUAUACAAACUUGCUCGGGCCUAGAGCCAUAAGAGUUUUGGAAACUUUAGGGUAUCAAACUGCAACUUAUCGCACACCUUAUAGGCCAAAAGCAGCUGUAGUUUCUGAUGAUAAUAACAAUACUACUUCUUCUUAG